UAGAACUAUAUAUGUAUGUCAACACCCCCUUUUUUUGGCACUGAUCUUGGACUAAUCUUAUAAUCAUUAGCUAGGUCUUUCAGCUCUGGUAGGUCCAUUUCUCCUAGGUUCAUAUUAUAAAACUAUUACGCGCCCAAAACCACAUGUAGCCACGAGACACCAUGAAGACUAACUCAUAUUAGACUAUCACGAUGUCUGCGACAGCCAAAUCCAAUGCUGGCAGCGGCAUCAACUCCCAUACCAACAACGACGCCGAACCCAACCCCGAUAUCAAUAUCAACGGCACCAGCGAACCCCAAGACAACACCAACACCACCAAUAUAGAACCGGAGAAUACCAAUCCCAACAAUAACAACGACCCCGAAAGCAACACAUCUGAAAUUCCCCUACCCAGCAACAUCCAACCCCCCACCUCACCGCCAGCCACAGAUCACAAAAGUCCCCAGCCCCAGGGCCCGGAGCUAGACAACAAACCCCUUCCUCUCAUCUACUGGCUCCUCACCGGCGGCACCGGCGCACCGCCCUCGACGAGCAAUUUCCUGCGCAUGACGAGCGAACGCAACGCUAUAACCCGAGAGGCAGAAGCGCGGGUAGUUGCUCGACAGCAGGCCCUUGCGGAGCGUAGGGCAUACCUCGCUCGCUGGGACGAGGAAUGGGGCCCCGUGGGUGCAAGGGGGUUGCGGGCUAGGGUGUUUGGGAGCAAGAAGCGGAAGACCUGAACAGGUUUAGUUGGGAGGUAGGUAGCC